CGAUUACGGAUUUCCUGGUAGGAUUAGGGUUUGGGAAAGAACCAAAUACAUUUAAUUUUGCUAGUCUUUUCUAAAAAGAAACUGUUUCGUAUGAUUAGGGCAUUUAGAGUACGGUGUAACUCAAUUAUUACGACUCAGUAAACUUAUACAGGGAGGCAGACACAAAGCGCUGUUUUUAUUUGUGAAGGGAAGCGGUUUGUCAGCUAGCUAACGUUGGCUAGCUUUAGCUUUUAGCCUGCACUGUUGGACAUGUCUGCUUCGGCCGGUGUCUCUCCGUCAGCCCAGGGCACGGCCCUGGUCAGUCCAGGCAUGGGGAUGUCCAUGUUUCGGUGGCUUGAUGUUUUGGAGAAGGAGUUUGACAAGGCAUUUGUUGACGUCGAUUUACUACUUGGAGAAAUCGACCCAGAUCAAGCUGACAUCACAUACGAGGGUCGUCAAAAGAUGACAAGUCUCAGCUCCUGUUUUGCUCAGCUUUGCCACAAAGCGCAGACGAUUUUUCAACUUAAUCACAAAGUAGAGGCUCAGCUGGUGGACCUGCGUUCGGAGCUGACUGACGUGCAGGCGGAGAAGGAGGUGGUGGAGAGGGAGGUCCACGACCAGCUCCUCCACCUCCAUGCCAUGCAGCUGCAGCUUCACGCCAAGGCUGGACAGACCGUGGACUCUGACUCCAUCAAAGACAGGAUGCCUGUUCCCUCAGUGGAGGAGAUGGAGAGGGAGCUGCAGGCCAACAAGAAGGAGAAGGUGAAGGAGGUGAAGCUGGAGGCAGAGGUCAAGCUGCAUAAGAAGGAGAAUGAGGCCCUCCGCAGGCACGUCGCCGUACUGCAGGCUGAGGUCUAUGGGGCCAGAUUGGCAGCCAAGUACCUGGACAAGGAGCUGGCUGGAAGAGUACAGCAGAUCCAGCUGCUGGGUCGGGACAUGAAGGGGCCCGCUCACGACAAGCUGUGGAACCAGCUGGAGGCUGAGAUCCACCUUCACCGCCACAAAACAGUCAUCCGAGCCUGCAGGGGGCGCAACGACCCCAAGAAACCCCUACCAUCUCCAGUGGGGCAUGAAACAGAUAUACUGAAGAAGACUCAAGGAGUUGGUCCUAUUCGUAAAGUAGUAUUGGCCAAAGAAGAUCACGAGGGACUUGGAAUUUCAAUCACGGGUGGUAAGGAACACGGGGUGCCCAUCCUGAUCUCAGAGAUUCAUCCUACCCAGCCUGCGGAGCGCUGUGGGGGGCUCCAUGUGGGCGAUGCCAUCCUGGCUGUCAACAGCAUCAACCUGAGAGACGCCAAACACAAGGAGGCUGUCACCAUCCUCUCACAACAGAGGGGAGAGAUAGAGUUUGAGGUGGUGUACGUGGCCCCGGAGGUGGACUCUGACGACGAGAACGUGGAGUAUGAGGAUGACAGCGGCCAUCGCUUCCGCCUCUACCUGGAUGAGCUGGAGGAGGGGUCAGCCGCCAGCAGGAACAACGGCACAGCAGACUUGGCAUCACUGCAAGCCCUGGAGAAGAUGUCAGUGAGUGAUGGCCCAGAGAACGGAGACACAGGGAUCUUCAGUGAGACGCCAUCGGAGGAGACCCCGUCUAAGGCGGCUGAGUCCGGAGAGAGCACUUCCUAGAGGGGCGGGCAGGAGCUGGAGGGAUGGGGUGAGGGGGUGAUGGGGGGGCAGAGGAGGAGGGAGAAAGGCUGAAAGACUGGAGUGCAGGUGUGAUGUGUUUUUGUACUAUACUAUAUGAGAUUUGAGAGACUGGACUGCAUCAGAGUCCACUGGAGGAUAUGAAGAAAUGGGGAUAGAGUCGACUCAUCAUUAAGUCGUCAUGGAAACGCACUCAGAGCUCUUGAAUUCACGUCACUAUCUUUGUGCAAUGAUGAGGAACCAAUGAGAGAAGACCACAGAUUGAGGAGAGGAUGUGGGUCUAGAUGGUUGAAUGGAUGGACUGAGUGGUAUUCUUCUCUUGUGUGUAUAGUUAGUGAUCCUAUUCGCCCCCAUAUUAAGACUACACUUCCUUACUGUGAGACUGCCCUGCUGGUAAUGAAUACUGUUUUACUAGGCUGAGGAAAAUCUUCUCCCUUCAUAAAUGUUGGCUUUUAUUUAUCUCUUACACAUGUAGCUUGUGUAGAGGGGUUUCUCUCAACUGUAAUGUUCAUUUUCUAUCACUGAUUAUGAUAUCAAUGUUGAUUCCCAUGUCAUACCUGCACCGCUCUAAGAUCCACCUACGAGUAGGCUUAGCCCUCAAGUGUUCAGAAUAUAGAACAGCCACAUUCACCUACUGUAUGUCAAAACAGAAUGUACAGUCAGGGAAAGACUUGUCAGAAUUCAAAGGAUUUCAACUAUUAGGGUGUGCCCUCUGCGUUUCAUUAAUGGUAUCACAUAAUGUCACCAUAGUUGUGUUUAAAUGCAGGAUACAUCUGGUUUUCAGUCCUCAUUACACAACAUUUUCAUUUAAAGAUGGGGCACUCUGAGCGAUGUAUCUUGUGUGCUGCCUCGCUGUCUUCAUACUGUGUUGAAAGUCCUUGUCAUUUACUUUGAGGCACACACACUGGCUGAUGUUCUCUGAAAACAAGUUGUGUAUGACAAAGUUACUGAUAUAUCUGGAAACAUUCGAAAGUUGUUUUGUAUUUGUGUAAAAAAUACCACAAGUACUUUAUGUGUUAACUGUGUCAGUGCCACGGAAUCUACUAUAUUAAUGGUGUUUAACUGACCCAUAUUCGCAAACUUGGGAUAGAUCUUCAACAUUACACAGACAAUUAUAGGAUUUGUGUGUUAUGAAGCACUGCAAAUUGAGUCGCCUGUACCCAUAAGUAUCGCUCCAUUGCCAGAAAUUAGAAGUGCAAUAUCUUUAUAAUAAACUCAACUAGGAUUUCUCCUUAA